UUCUUAUUGAAAAUCACAAUUCUUAUCUGAACGAUGGACACCACGACAUUAUCGCCAGACCAUCUGACAGAGUGUGCUCGAGUUUAUGUUUUCCUCAGUCAAGAAAAUACAACCUUCUUUGUAAUAAAUUGUUUAUAUUGUAAUAAGGACUAUAGUGAAUGGGUGAAAUUUUACAAACAUUUACUUAGCCACCAUAUAGAAAAUGUGCCACUGGAACAAACUAAUGAUAGUGAAUAUUUAGAAGAAAAUGUACAAUUGGAUGAAGAUUCAUUUGAAAAAUAUGAAGUUACAAAUGAAUACCUGAAUGAAGAAACUUCUUGUAGUGAAAGGAAUGGCGAUAUUACAAAGAAAACAAUAAGCGAAGAUUUGAAAUAUACAACCAAUGAAGAGUUUUUUGAGGAGUAUUUAAUGGAAGAUUAUGAGGAAUGUGAAAACAUUUCGGUUCAUGGCGAAAAUUUGGACAUGGAAAAAACCACUAAAUCCGUCAGUACCAGUUGCUUUCGCCUAUAUACUACAGACUCCAAAACCAUGCUUAAAUUUAUUGAACUAUUGCGUCAACAUCCCUGUCAAUGGGAUCACAAACACUACAAUUUUACACAAAAAGAUAAAAGAAUCGAUAGUACAUUGAACCUAACCAAACAACUAAACGAAGUUUUAAAUCUCAACAUUACCCCACAAAGCACACGAGCCAGUGUUCUAUCUAUUCUGCGUUGGUUUGAUCGGGAGUAUAUACGUUUCCUUAAUUGCCAGCAAAACGAUUAUCAAUUUGUUUGCAUGCAUAGUGAAUAUUUUGAAAAGUUAUUGGAAUUUCUACCUUAUCAGCAUCUAAAACCAAUGAAAUGUGAUGAGUGUGCUAAACGAUUUAAAUCCGAACAUCUGCUAAUGGCCCAUAAGCACAAAUAUCAUAAUGGGCAGGUACCGUUUCGUUGUCGCUACUGUGGUCAUGGCUUCAUACAUCAGUCAUCGCAUAAGAUGCACGAGAACAGACAUAUAAAACUACACGUAUGGCCCUGUAAUAUAUGUCGGUAUCAAGCAGCUUCCAAAUCGGAUUAUAUCAAACAUUUGGCUACACAUUCCUCCCGGCAGCCUCAUAAAUGUACCAUUUGUGGUUUGGCCUAUAAAACAAAAACGAACUUGAAUGUUCACCUGAAGAGCCACAGUUUACCCGCCUACGAGUGUGAAUUUUGUAAAAAGAAAUUCUAUGAAAAAUAUCGUUACAAACGUCAUAUCUGGCUGCACGAAAAGCAGGAAAUGUCGGGUAAAUCUAUUGAUAAUUUUACUUGUGAAAUAUGCGAUCGACGUUUUACGACCAACAAAACAAUGAUGAAACAUCAGUUGGUUCACAUACAGGAAAACUAUAAAAUUGACGGCCAAACUACUAAUGACUGCUUUCAAUUAAUAGAUGUUAUUGUGUAUUAUUGCGAUUAUUGUUCAUUGGAAUUUGUACAUAAGGAUGCCUAUGAAACGCAUAUGAAAUUAAAACAUAAUGUUGUAAAUGUAGAAUAAUUUUACGCUCUUCUUGUUCUUUAGUAUUUUCUUAAAAAUUUA